AUUUACCCAUGGUUUAUCUGUCAAAUACAUGUUUUAAAGUUCAAUUCAAUUCCCCCAAAUUCAAGUAAUAGAUUUCCCUUAAGAACUAGAAAUAAAUAUGUCAUCAAAAGUAUCGCUUGACACGCUUUACAAUGCAGUUGAAUACAUUAUACAGGACUCUCAGGAUAAUGAACGCAACUGUCUUGAAGUCGUUGAAUUGCAGAUAGGCCUCAAAAACUACAAUCUCAACAAAGAAAAGUGUUUUCAUGGAAGUGUUCUCUUAAAUCACAUAGCAGUGCCUCAGCUAAAGGUUUGCAUUUUCGGUGAUCAACAGCAUUGCGAUGAGGCCAAAACUUUGGGUAUUCAAUGUCUCGAUGUGGAUGACCUCAAAAAGAUCAACAAAUACCCAAAGUUGGUAAAGAAAAUGGCCAGAAAUUUCCAUGCCUUUUUGGCCUCCGAGUCACUGAUCAAGCAGAUUCCAAUCUUACUGGGUUCAGGACUAACUAAAGCAGGAAAAUUUCUCACUCCUCUGUCCCACAAGGAAUCGAUGAUGACCAAAAUCAGGAUACUGGCCACCAAAAAGCCACAAAUGAAGAAUAUUGAGUGUUUGUCGGUAAAUGUUGGACACAUUGGCAUGAAAGUUACAGAACUAACACAAAAUUUAAACAUUUCAAUAAACUUUCUGGUAUCCCUGCUGAAGGAGAACUGGCAGAAUGUACGCUCACUUCAUAUAAAAUCAUCCAUGGGAAUACCCCAAAGAAUCUAUUAAACUCUAAAAUAUGUUUCGAAUGUCCUACUGAAAUAAAAUUA